AUGAAUGAAAAUGAGGUGGCGAAGACUCUCCAAGCGCGGAAACUCCCCGAGUGGAUGUCUGCACUGCAGAAGGAACCUGAUCCAGAACAAAGAAAGAGGAGUUUUCUGGAAGACGGCCUUCCCUUGCUGAAAUUCCCCGGAUCCAUCAUUUACAGCUAUGAAGCGAGUGACUGUUCUUUCCUGGCCGAAGACAUUAGAAUGAGCUUAUCUGAUGGAGCUGUGAUCGGCUUUGACAUGGAGUGGCCACCACCAUUUUGGAAGGGCAGGCCAGGCCGGGUUGCCGUCAUCCAGUUAUGUGUCUCUGAGAGCAAAUGCUAUUUAUUUCAUAUUGCUUCUAUGUCAGUUUUCCCCCGGGGACUGAAGAUGUUACUGGAGAGUGAAACCAUUCGGAAGGCUGGCCUGGGAACUGGUGACCAGUGGAAACUCCUCAGAGACUUUGAUGUCCAUCUCAGGAGCUUUGUGGAGCUGGCCAGUCUGGCCAAUGAGAAGCUCAGGUGUAAAGAGACUUGGAGCUUGGAUAGUUUGGUCAAGCACCUCUUCAGGAAGUGUCUUCUGAAGGAGCAGUCCAUCCGCUGUGGGCGCUGGGAAGACUUCCCACUCACUGAAGACCAGAAGCAGUAUGCUGCCAUUGAUGCUUAUGCCAGUCUCAUCAUUCACCAACAAUUGGAAACCUUGAGUGGAACUGACCAGAUGCUUCCAACAAAAGCCAAGGAGGACCAGUUUCCUGAGAAAGUAAAGAAGCAGUUGCUGUCACUCUCUGAAGAGAUGGUGGAUCUGACCAAGCGUUUUUCCUAUCCUUGGAGACCCUCCUGUGAGCCACAGAGGGUUACUGAGUUACUAAAGAGCCUUUCAGAAGACCUGGACACAUUAAGGACCAUGCUACUUGGGGCUCCAAGCCCAGAGAGACCCCUUGGGGCCCACAGUGGCUCACCUGUCCCUUCAGAGGCUCCCUCUGUGCCUGAGGAAGGGGCACAGGCCACAUCGAAACACAGUGAAUGGGACUCAAAGUCCGGCAACUUACUUGGACCCAGAGGAGGAAAUAGGACAGACAGUUCGGUGGAAUUGACCACGGCUGGGUCUGAAGGGAGAGGGGAGGACCAAGGACCCCAGGAAGAUGAGAAAAGAGUCUGCUUGAUGUCUCUGGAUGUGACUGAAUAUGAGCUUCAGAUGUGGGAGCAGCAGGCGCAGGAAGAAAGGAACAGAGCCACCUAUGUGUCUGACCAGGACCUAAUUUCUGCUGUGGACACUCAUGAUCUCUCUUCCAUUAUUGAAAGUGAUGAAGAUCUGGAGAUGGAGAUGCUCCAAUCUUUGGAAGAAGUAGACCGUGACCAGUUGGAGUGGAGUGUUUCAGAGUCACCGGAAACAGAAAGUGAGGCAGGGACUGAUAUGGCUGAUGAGGGUGACGAAGAAGCUGUUGAAGAAGAGGACGAUGAAUGGGACCCUUUGUUACCAGCACCUACUGCAGAGCAUGUCAUUUGCCUAAAGACCUACUUUGGACAUUCCAGUUUUAAACCGGUCCAGUGGAAAGUGAUCCAUUCUGUUUUACAAGAAAGAAGAGAUAAUCUUGUCGUUAUGGCUACUGGGUACGGCAAGAGUUUGUGCUUCCAGUUUCCUCCUGUGUUUGUUGGUGGAAUUGGCAUCGUUGUCUCUCCUCUGAUUUCUCUGAUGGAAGACCAGGUGCUUCAGCUUGAAAUGUCCAACAUUAAGGCUUGCUUCCUUGGAUCAGCUCAGUCAGAAAAUGUCAUCAGUCGUGUAAAAGCGGGAGAGUUCAGGGUUGUAUACAUCACCCCAGAGUUCUGCUCAGUGAACUUGGACCUGCUUAAGCAGCUUGAUGCCACUUUGGGGAUCACCUUGAUUGCUGUGGAUGAGGCCCACUGUGUGUCCGAGUGGGGGCACGAUUUCAGAAAUGCAUUCCGAAAUUUGGGCUUAUUGAAGACCACCCUGCCAUCGGUGCCUAUGCUGGCUCUGACGGCGACGGCAAGCUCCUCCAUCCGAGCUGACAUUGCACACUGUCUCCACCUGCGGGACCCUCAGGUCACCUGCACCAGCUUCGACCGGCCCAAUCUCUACCUGGAUGUUGGGCCGAAGACAGGCAGUAUCCUUCGAGAUUUGGACAGGUUUCUUGUGAAAAAGACAGGAUCAUGUCGGGAAUUUGAAGGCCCUACUAUCAUCUAUUGCCCUUCUAGGAAGAUCUCUGAACAAGUGACUGUAGAACUCAGGAAACUGGACUUAGCAUGUGGGACGUACCAUGCGGGUAUGGGGAUUAAUUCGAGGCGGGAGGUCCAUCACAAAUUCAUGCGAGAUGAAAUCCAGUGUGUCAUAGCCACAGUCGCCUUUGGCAUGGGGAUUAACAAAGCAGAUAUCCGCAAAGUCAUCCACUAUGGCGCUCCUAAGGAGAUGGAAUCUUACUACCAGGAGAUUGGCAGGGCCGGUCGCGACGGCCUGCCCAGUGCUUGCCACGUGCUCUGGACCCCUGCAGAUAUAAGCUUCAACAGGCUCCUCCUUAGUGACAUACAGAAUGCUAAUUUUCGACAAUACAAAUUGAAGAUGAUGAGACAGUUAGAAAAAUACCUUCAGUCCAGCAAUUGCAGGCGAAAAAUCAUCUUGUCUCAUUUUGAAGACAAACAGCUCCGAAAGGCCUCCUUGGGCAUUAUGGGAACGGAACAGUGUUGUGAUAACUGUCGGGCCAGACUUAACAACCCUCAUUCUGGUGAUGACUCAGAAGAGAACUUAAAGGACUUUGGUCCACAGGCCUAUAAACUGUUGUCUGCAGUAUGUGUCUUAGGACAGAAGUUUGGAAUUGGAAUGCCAGUUUUAUUUCUUCGAGGAUCGAAUUCUCAACGUCUUCCUGAUAAAUUCCGCCGUCAUUGUCUCUUUGGUGGUGGCAAGGACCAUUUGGAGAGCUGGUGGAAGGCUUUGGCUCAACAGCUUAUUUCGGAGGGGUUUUUAGAAGAAAUGUCAGGAUGCAGUAAAUUUGCCAAACUUUGUAUUCUUUCAGAGAAGGGUAGAACCUGGCUGGAUCAAGCCACUGAUGAGUCAGCCCGAACUCUCCUCCUUCAUGCCAGUGAAGACUUGUGUCCAAGGAAGUUACUAAAUCUAAGUGUUUUGCCAGUAUCCCCAGUGAAGCCUCUUCCUGCGUCCUGCAACUCCCCAGCAUCUGUGUCUUCCAAAGAGCAGGAGUUGCAGACUAUGUUGUAUGGUAAACUGGUGGAAGAGAGGCAGAAGCAGGCCAGUGAGAAGGACAUCCCUCCAGCUUUAUUAGCUACCAACAAGGUGCUGGUGGAUAUGGCCAAGAUGAGGCCAAGUACCCUGGAAAGUCUGAAAAACAUCGAUGGCGUUUCAGAAGCAAAGUGUGCAAUGCUAUCCCCUCUCCUGGAGGUCAUCCGUGUCUUCAGCCAGAGGAACAACCUUCUGACAGACUUGUUUUCCAGCCCUUCACCCGGAUUGGAAGAGAAGAAAAGUUUUCUCAGCCUACUUCCUGCAUCAGUCUCUGUCACUUACUCUUUGUUUCAGGAAAAGAACUUGUCUUUGCGGAGUAUUGCAGAGAGUAGGACGAUGCCUCUCCCUGUGGUUGGCACUCACUUGUCCCAGGCGGUGAAGGCGGGCUACCCUGUGGACCUGGAACGCGCAGGCCUGACUCCGCACAUCCAGAGGAUAAUCACCGAUGUGAUCCAGAAACCUCCUAUCAGUUCCGAUAUUUCCAAAAUGAAGGCCAUUAGGAAGCUGGUUCCUUCAGAAAUUGAGACCUACCUCAUCCAGAUAGUAGUGGCGCUGGUGGAGAAGGAGAGGAAGCAGAAAGCCGCACUACCUGAUCCAUUCCCAAAGGAAUCCAACAUGGAGAGUGGGGUGCCCAGCACUUCAGGCCCCUGCUUGAGUGCUAACAAGCCUUCCCCAGAGACCUCCAAGAGGAAGUUCCCAGACUGGUUCUCUUCGGCCAAGGGGUGCGCACCUCCAGCAGGCAACUCCAAGAAGGCAAAAGCUGGAGCCAGGAAGGGGCUUUUCAUUUGAGUUGGUGCAGUCUCAGGAGCUGCAUACCCUCAUCUCCCUCUAGCCUUUGUCACUGUACUUUGAUGGUUUGGGGGAAGAGUUGUCAUCAGACAAGUGAGAUGUUUCCCAGAAUGUCCAGGUUGUUACAAUUCCUUUCCAUAUUGUCUUCAGAAGAGAAGGCUCUUAGAGUGAUUUUCCAAGGUCUCUAUGCUGUGGCCUCAAACCCACUGGGGUAUGGAAGGGGCUCUUGUCUUUCUCUUAAGUAGAGACAGACCUCCACCUCCCCUGCCUGCCUCCUGAGCCAGUCUAGAAACUGCCUUUGGCUACACUGGGAGGGGGCACAUGCACAUUCUCUUUUGGAGCCAAAGUGUCCCAAGAGUUUUUCAUUUUUAAAGUAAUGGACCCCUUGGGCCCGACAUUGUAUUUUCCUCAUUUUCUCUGAGGCUGCCUUCCUGCCUGCUGCUGCAGGUACAGAGGGAUGGGGGACUAUCCCCUGUAACUUCUGUUAGCUUUUAAGUGUGGGUUAUACACACUGUCAAGGAAUGAAACAGCUCAUAAUGACUGGCCAGUCUCAUUCCUUCAUGAGGCACUUUGUACUUAGGCUGUUGUGUAUAGUUUUUCAUGUUCUUGAGUGUUAAAAUGGGUGAGAGCUUGUGUGGGGCUGCCCUUGGAGGAUUGGUGGCUUGUGCUGCCCCGUCUCAGACUUCAGCACCCAUAGCUUCUUUUUCCUGUCCUUCUUGGUCAUGUGCUUCUCACUGAUCCACUGGGUGUCCCUGGUGUCCCUGGAGUCUGAGGUAGUUGAUUUGGAUUCCCCCAUGUCUCCUUAUACCAAGAUCAUUUUUAUUUUAAUAAAUUAGCGCCUAAAUUGCUUUUAAGUUUA